AUGGACAUCGUGUUUCAUCCUGGCCAAAAUGGAACUGAUCCCUGGGUGGAAUUCUACCCUUACACCCCAUCAGCCACAGCUGGCUAUGCCUUCAUGGGAAUCUUCGGGGUCUCAACCCUCGCCCACAUCGUGGCAAUGUUUCCUUUUCGUGCUGCCUACUUUAUUCCUCUAAUACUGGGCGGAGUUUGCGAGACAUUCGGCUACUACGGCAGAGCAUGGUCCCACGAGUCCAGAUUCGAGAUCAAAUCCUGGGCUUUGCAGGAGAUGCUGAUUCUAUGUGCACCACCCCUUGUAGCAGCCACCGUCUACAUGGUCCUCGGCCGCAUAAUCCGCUCCUUCGGCGCCGAACAUCUCUCAAGCAUGCGCCCCAAGAUGCUCACCUUCGUCUUUGUAAUGAACGAUGUACUUUGCUUCUGUACCCAGCUGGGGGGUGCAGGCGUUCAGAUGACGGGCGAUGAGCAGGUGAUGAACAUCGGCAAGAAAGUUGUUCUGGCCGGCUUGAUCUUCUCGUUGGUUGUUUUCACCUUCUUCGUCCUGAUUGCGGCCAAGUUCCAUCGAAGGCUGAAGAAAAUGCCCACGCCGCUCCUUAUCCAAAAUCCUGAUCUGCCAUGGCACAGGUACAUGUGGGCAAUCUACAUUUCCUGCUUUGCGCUGAUGCUUCGCAACUUGGUGCGGACUAUUCAGUUUGGAGCAGCGAGGACUGCUGAUGUCAAUACCAAGGAGGCUUAUAUCUAUGUGUUUGAUGCGUUUUUGAUGUUUUUUGCUAUGCUUGUCUUGUUGGUUUAUCAUCCGGGUCGUUUGAUCAAGAAGGCUCGUCGUCUCACCAAGACUGGUAUGUUCGACCAGCCUCUUGAGAAUGGGAAUUCUGCGCAUGUGCUCUUAACUGACUAUGAGAUGGGACAGCACUUAUCAACCAAGUGA